AUGAGUAACCGGUAUGGAACAGAAAAGAGGGAGGGUCAAAUAGGGAAUGAGGAGUUUGAUUAUGAAAAAUACAUGUAUGAACAAAGAAGAAUUGAGGAGGAUUUGGAUAAUAUUGAAGAUGAGAAAAUGAGUAGAAAGGGUUUGCUUAUGAAUAUUAAAAUGUAUGAUGAUUCAAUGAAAGAAAUGGAGAUAAUCAAGGAUCGUUUAGAAUUAUGGAAAGAAAGUUUGGAAGGAUUAAAUGAGAGUAUAGGAAGAGAUGCACUUUAUGUUAAAGAAAUUGCAAUAAAAGUUGUAGAAAGAAAGGUGGAAGAAGUAAUGAGUGAGAGGAAGAUAAUAUUAAAGAAGAUGAUGGAUAAAUUAGAGAAUUUUACAAAUGUAAUAAAGACAAGUAUGGAUUGUAUGAGUAAUUCAAUUAUUGACUUUGAAAAGAAGGUUUAUAACAGUCAAGAAAAUGGUGAUUAUCUAGCUUUUGAUUAUAAAAGUAAUAAUAGAAUAUGCAAAUCGUAUUACCAGUUAUGCCAAAGAUUAAAGGAGUAUUUAAGAAAUAUUAGUCCUUACUUUAAAGAUAAUUUUGAGUUAGAUUUUGGACUAAAUAUGGAAAUGAAUAUGGGUUUGGGUAUAGAUCUAAAUCAAAAAAUUUCUGGAACUCAUAUUAACCAUAGAACUCAAGUUGGGAAUAAUUCGAAUAGAUUUGAAUGUGAAAAUAGUGAGUUAAAAUCAAUUAUUUUGGAGGAGUCAAAGUUGCUGAGAGAGCCAGUUAUUCUGUUGAUAAACCCUAAAAGAAUGCAGACUAUUAAUUUGAGAAACAAGAUUAACAGGCCUGAUUUGGAAGAAAUUCUUUCUAGUUCUGUGACUUUGAAUUCAAGUAAUGAUAGUUUCUCCUCUAAACAGGAAAGUGAUUUGUGUAAUAAUCACCAUUUUAAUAUGAAGAAUGGGAACUACACUUUAAACGGUAGAGGAUGUGAAUCUAAACAUGUUCUUGGAUCUAAUACUAGUACAGGUGUUAAAUUUGAAGAAGAAAAAGAACAAAAACAAGAACAAGUACAGGAACAGGAACAACAGUUAAAUAAAAUGCAAAAACAAGAGCAAAAACAAGAUCAAACUAGAGAAAGAGGUUCUGGUUGCAGUGAUGAAGAAAACGGGCAUUUUGAUACGGAUGUUAGCAUAAGCAUUAAAAGAGUUAAACAUAAGCUUGGAUGCAGAGGAUUAAAAGAUAGGUCCAGAUCCAAGUCUAGAUCUAAAUCUAAAUCCAACUCCAGGUGCAAAUCCAGAUCAAUUUCCGAGCCAAGAAUGGCAUUUAAGAAAGAAAGUGAGUUAAAAAUAAAUAAGAUUAGAGGUUUAGUGAGUGAAUUGGAAUCUGAACUGGGUUCCCAGUCUGAGACAGAGUCUAGGAUUUAUAUUAAAAAAGGCAAGUCAAAUGGAAAGGGAAAGAUUAGAGGAAGGAGUGGCAAUAGUGUGGUUAGCAAAAACCUUAUUGAAGAGAAAAGUAUUUCCAAAAAUAAACCAAAAACUAAGCCAGACAGUCAGAAUGCUCGGUUUAAAAAGAAAGGAUCUUAUUCCAGUUCAAACUCCAGUUUCAGUCCACUUUCCAAUCUAGAGUAUGAUUCUGACUCCAAUUUCGGUUCAGUUUCUGAUUCCAGUUCUGGAUCUGAAAUGAAUUUGAAUGGAAAGUCCAGGAAAUCUAAAAUAAAACUGAGAGAGUUGAUUAAAGACUACUCAAAUCUCUAUGCUGAGUACAUAGUUUCAAAGAAUUUGUCAAAAAUCAACACUUAUUAUUAA